AUGUCCAACCAGCAGGUGGGCGUUGUGUUCGAUAAGGUCAUCCAAGAAGUAUGCGACUCGUCCCAGAUCGAUUUUGAGGAGGGCGGCGUUGACCAGCAGACGUUGGAAGAUUUGAGGAAGGGAUGGCGGAAGAAGCUAUCUUCACUUGGGGUUGCCCAUUUCCCUUGGGAUCCUGCGCCGCAACCUCCCCCACCGCCUCAGCAACCCCCGCAGGCUCACCCACCGCAUGUGCAAGCCCCUAUUCCUCCACCCCCGACAACAGUUCCCUCCAAUGGCCCGCGCACCACACCACCACCACCACAAUCACAACCACUCCAACACCAACACCAUCUCCAACACCAACAACCACAUCAGCGGCAGCCCCAGCAAUCACACCAGCAAGCUCAACCACUUCCCUUUUCCCAUGUCCCUACCUCAGCCCCUGAGACAUCAGCUGGCGAUAUACGUAUCAAAUCAGAGCCAGGCUAUCCGCCUACUGCAUCAAGCCUACCCCCAGUAAAUCCGUCAACUCUCGCGCAGCAGCGUGCGGCGAAUGCAUUACAUCAGAGGUAUGGAGCAGCUGCGGCAAACCAGGUGCAUCAGCUGCAGUCCCAGUCGCAGGCUGCCCUCUCACUUCCAGGAGGUCAGAAGCUUCCCGGUAGACCAGUCCACUUUCCUCAGGAUCAAAAGCCACAACUUCAACAGCCGCAACAUUAUCAGAAUCCAGCUCAACAACAGCCGCAACAGCCACAACAACCACAACAACCACAACAACCACAACAACCACAACAACCACAACAACCACAACAACCACAACAACCACAACAACCACAACAGCCACAACAACCACAACAGCCACAACAGCCGCAUCAACAGCCUCCGCAACAGCAGAGACCCCCAAUGAACCCUUCCCAAACAGACGGCGCUAGCGACUCGUUACAAGAAUGGAAAACGGAGGUCGCACGCAGGAGAGAAGCUGCCCAAAGACACGUGAACAGAAAAAACAGCGGCGAUGACCAUUUCAUCCGCUCUUACGUGGAAUCCAGGGGCCUACAGCUGGAGGCUGGUGGGCUGCUGGCACCCCUGAGCGAGCAACCAAGCUUUACCAAGGGGACAAAACGCAAGGCACACGUCAUGAACGAUCCCUCCGCUUUUGCAUCUCCAGCAAACCCAUCCCCUUCAUCCAGUAAUAUUGUUGUAUCAAGUCAGUAUGACGGACCAGAUGAGUUCAAUGGAAACACCGGACGGCAGGAGGAGGCAGACGAAGACGCUAUCAACUCCGAUCUCGAUGACUCGGAAGACAUGCUUGAUGACCACAACGACGGCGAUGAUGCAGUUGGACAAGUUAUGCUGUGCACGUAUGAUAAAGUCCAACGCGUCAAGAGUAAAUGGAAAUGCACGUUGAAGGAUGGAAUUCUUACAUCUGGGGGUAAAGAAUAUGUGUUCCAUAAAGGCCAGGGCGAAUUCGAGUGGUACUAGAAAGUGAAUUAGACUUAAUUACCCAUCAUCUGACGAAAUCUCGCAAUCGUUUCCCCCCACUUUCCCCCUCAUUUUUUGGCUUCAUUAUACCCCUCAAUGACCCCAUUACUUUUUACCAUUCCCUCAUGGUUGCAUUGACUCAAGCAAGAUCAUACAGACAUACAUAUAUCACCUAAAGUCUUCCAACAAAUCAGCGCGAAAUUAACAGCCUCGACCCUGUCAAAGCCCAUAACUACCAAACUCAAAAAAUUUAUUUACAGCUUGGAAAUUCAUGAAGAAACUCGGCCAACAAUGGUUAAUGAAAGGGAAGAAAGUUUCCAAAAAAUUUCCCAUGCAGUGAUGUAAUUUGGUGUUUUUCUUUUUUGCCCCUUCUUCUUUGUUUCUGUUCCUGUUUCUCAUUAAUGUGGCAUGACUCUGUCUGUCUUCCCUGUUCCUUGCCAGCUUCUCUUGUAUAUUUCAUGUGUCUCUAAUAUCUAUGAACCUGCCCCAGCAUGACAUGGACAUAACUUGUGUUGUAAUUUUUUUUGGGUUUCUGUGCUUCUUUUUAUCUUUUUCACUUGAUUCUAUAGUGGUGGGUAAGUAGCUGGAGAUGAAUCUUACUUUUUUUUUUUUUUUUUUCUUCUAUCUUGUGGUGAAUUUUCCUUCUUCUCUCAAGUUCAAUUAUUCUCAAUGAUGCUCUGAACUUGACUUCGCUUUUUUGUUUAUCUUCUAUGGCAGAGCUUUGACUACUGUCUCAACUUCUAGUGUAUUUUUUUCCCCUUUCAUCUUUCAAUUUUCUGCUUUGUAGCUGUCUUGCAUGUACGCAGAUUGAGAGAAUGAUUGAAUAAAGAGAUAAAAAGCUGAGAUGAAGAAGAAGAGAGAGUGAGAGAAGAAAAGAAGUGAGAUGAUUAAAAAUUAAAAAGUAAAUAAAUGACAAUUAAUUCUGUAAACUUAUCUUCUCUUUUCUCUCUUUCUGUUGACAUGAUUUGCAUAUCUAUAACCUGCACAGAGAGAAACAAAAGCUCUUACACACACUAGAAAUACAUUAUUA